AGUCAAGAGUCAACCAGAAAGUUUAUUAAUUAAAUAUAGUGUAUCGGUCAAUACAUCGAUUGAUUUGAGCAAGCACUUUUGAUAUUAGCUUGUAAAGUAUAAACGUCGGAUCUAAAGAUGGAACACGAAAGCGCUGAUUCUGAAAUUGUUUACGGUAAUCUUGAUGAUACAACAUUAGUGAUGUCAGAAAAGGUACAAUCAUUAGCUGGAUCGAUCUAUCAGGAAUUUGAACGUAUGAUACAACGAUAUGAUGAAGACGUUGUUAAAACACUCAUGCCUUUACUCGUCAAUGUAUUGGAAUGUUUAGAUUCAGCUUAUCAGAUGAAUCAAGAACAGGAUGUAGAACUGGAACUUCUGCGAGAAGACAAUGAACAGUUAGUAACACAAUACGAACGAGAGAAAAGUGCCAGAAAACAGUCGGAGCAAAAAUUGUUAGAAACAGAAGAUUUAGCCGAACAAGAAAACAAAGAAUUGGUUACUCGUUUAGAAGCACUGGAAAGCAUUGUCCGUAUGCUUGAAUUAAAGCAUAAAAAUAGCAUGGAUCAUGCUAUUCGACUAGAAGAACGUGAGACGGAACUUAAAAAAGAGUACAAUAAGCUACACGAACGUUAUACUGAAUUGUUCAAAACGCAUGUUGAUUAUAUUGAACGGUCAAAAAUAAUGAUGGGCAAUUCUUCACACUCACAAAUAAGUGGAACAUCUGAUCGAUUAGAUUUGCAUAGAUCGAGAAUUGCUCAGACAGUUCGCUCGUCAGGUCCUGUCUCUUAUGGUUUUGCGUCACUUGAUAACUCCACAAUGCUCGAAUUAGAUGUGCUAUGUAGUGUGGAUAGCAGUUCCGGCUCUGGACCAUCUUCAUUACAUAAUGAAAUAGAUCAUAUUGUAACUGCAGAGAAAUCUUCAGAAACUGAGAACCCUCACCAGAUCAAUCAAGGCACAUCACCUUCAAAUGAAAAUCCUAAGCCAUCGGUAUCUAGUUUCAUAGGAGGAAAAUCUACUACUAAAAAAGAACAACGUUCUGGCAAUACCUUAUAUCAAGAAUUAUCAUUUCAAGAUGAAAAUUUCGAAUGCGAAGACGGUGAUAUAACAGGAGGCUGGGUACAUCCCGGUGAAUAUGCGUCAUCAGUGAAUGAUAAUUUUUUCGGUAUGGGAAAAGAAGUUGAGAAUCUUAUAAUGGAGAAUAAUGAGCUACUAGCAACUAAAAACGCUUUAAACAUAGUCAAAGAUGAUUUAAUCGUGAAGGUAGAUGAAUUAACGGGAGAAAUAGAAAUACUGAGGGAAGAGUUAAAUGCUGUAAUACUAUCAAAAAAUAAAUUGAAAUCAAAAAUUGCCGAUUUGGAAGACGACCUGAAGAAAACUAAGCUGCUUGUUAAACAAAAUGCUGUGGAUCAAGAAGAAGAGGGAGAUAUUCCAAUGGCUCAAAGAAAAAGAUUUACACGUGUUGAAAUGGCUCGCGUACUCAUGGAAAGAAAUCAGUAUAAAGAACGGUUCAUGGAGCUUCAAGAUGCGGUACGUUGGACAGAAAUGAUGCGUGCUUCUCGGGUAGAAAACUUAGAUAAGAAAUCUAAACAAAGCAUAUGGAAAUUUUUUAGUAAUCUCUUUAGUUCAAAUGAUAGACCUCCAAAUGAUGCAUCAGGACAAUUACUUCGGUACAGUAGCAGUUAUAGCCCAAGCAUUCCAGGAUUUUCAGAAACAAGGCAAAUUGCGGGAUCCGGUCAUGUGACAUUGUCUAAAAAUUCAAAUACCUUCGUUCUAAAUAAAGAUUUGGAUUCUGUGAGUUCUGAGAAAGUGAUACAAAGAAGACGAGCACAAUAUCGACAAGUUAGAGCCCACGUACAAAAGGAAGAUGGUAGAUUACAAGCAUAUGGAUGGAGUUUGCCAUUAACUAAACAUCUAACAAAUACCAAUCAAUCGAAAAUCAAUAACGGUGUACCAGUUCCAGUUCCAGUGUAUUGUAGACCACUAGCUGAUGCAAGCCCGCAUAUGAAGGUUUGGUGUGCUAGUGGCGUCAAUUUACAUGGUGGAUUUACAAAAGAUGGUGGCUGCAUGGUUGGAGCGAGUAUAUUUUACCCAAUGAAAGCAAACACUAAGAUUACUGAAAUUGUUGAUAGUACCUCGAGUGAUGUUUUGGAGUUGGAAUCAUUAGAAAAACAGCUAAUAGCCAUUAAUAAUAAUUCUCACAGUGAGAUUAAUUUGAGCCCAUAUAUAUGGAUAUGUACAAGCACACAUUCAGCAAGUACAGUAACAGUGAUAGAUGCAAAAAAUCCUGCAGAAGUAUUAGAUUCGUUUCCAGUAUGCCAAAAUCAUUUACUAUGUAUAUGUACAGUUCAGGGAGCUUUAGAAACUGAUUAUGCCCUACUGGAGAACAGCGAGGUUACCAAAGCAGGUGAAAUGUUGGAAAACCCAGGAGAACCUCCAGAUUGCGUUGGAAAAGUAAUGUUCAUUAAGUGUGACAAAAAAUCCGAUACAGAUAACUUCUUUAAUGAGACAGGUUCUUCGCCUGUUCUCUACGCUCUUACUCAGGAUAAUGAAAAAAAGGAUACCAGCAUAAGUAUGCGCGAAACUCAAACAAAACUGUGUGACCAAAAAACUGACAACGACGUGAAUCCAAAGGAGAAUUUAUUACGAGAUGAUGCAAUUGAUGAAGAACCGACAAUAUCUUCAGUGGGCCCUACAAUGUGGAUGGGUGCACAAAACGGCAUGCUGUAUGUCCAUAGUUCAAUAGCGAGAUGGAAUAUAUGCUUACAUUCAGUGAAAUUGCCCGAUUCAAUUCUUUCGAUAGUUCACGUUGAAUCACGUGUUGUGGUUGCAUUGGCAAAUGGCUCACUUGCUAUCUUUAGAAGGCAACUCAAUGGAGAGUGGGAUACAUGUAAUUAUCAUAUAUUAACACUUGGUUCGCCAAAACAUUCGAUAAGAUGUUUAACAAUAGUCGGUGAUAAAGUGUGGGCUGCACAUCGAAAUAAAAUAAACGUGAUAGACCCGAUCACGCUAACAGUGGUUCAUUCUUUUGAAGCGCAUCCUAGAAAGGAAAGCCAAAUACGUCAAAUGAGUGCAACAGGUUUGGGAGUUUGGAUAUCCAUCAGGUUGGAUUCUACAUUAAGAUUAUUUUCAUCUGAGAACUAUUCACAUGUACAGGAUAUCGAUAUUGAGCCCUAUGUUUCAAAGAUGCUGGGAACAGGAAAAUUAGGAUUUUCGUUUGUACGAAUUACGGCGCUUCUAGUCUCCUGUAACCGUUUAUGGAUAGGUACUGGAAAUGGAGUUGUGAUUUCUGUACCGCUCAGCGAUUCGAUUGGAUCAGCUUCACCUAAAAUGGUUCCACGCUGUUGUAUGGCCAAUGCUCAAUUAUCAUUUCAUGGACACAGAGAUGCUGUAAAAUUUUUUGUGUCUGUUCCAAUGAACCCGGAAGUUCAAAACCAGUAUCCUAGCAAAAGGGACAUGCUGGUUUUAUCAGGAGGAGAGGGCUAUAUCGAUUUUAGGUUGGGUGAUGGUGACAUGGAGAGUAGUACUGAAAUUGAGUCUGAAAAAUCAACAUCCACUCAAAAUGAAAAAAGUUUUAUUAUAGUAUGGCAGGUAAACAAUGAAUAGUCAUCUGUUUGAGGUUUUAUACUGUUAACCGCUUUGAAAUAUUAGUACAAACGUUCAAUUGUAUGAUCCGAAACUAUUGUACAGUUUAUAAAAUAAAAUGUCUUUUCUUAUCUCGGGAUA